CCUUAUUCUGCAGAGAGAAGAGACACGAUUAAUUUCUGACCAUAAAACAAAAACCCAUUUGUGAAAGCAACAUCACAUUUCCAUGCACUACUUGGAAAGGCCUUAAAUGACGCCUUCAACUUCAAGAAUCCACGGCAUAGAAUACCAUACACCCACCAACCCAUAUCACCUAUCUCAUCUCUUAUUACAAUAAUACAACACAGGCAAAACAAAAUAUGCUAAAUUGCUUGGUACCUUUGCCAUUGCCAUGCAUAUAUAUAAAUACUUAACCUAGCUUGCCCCAUUUCAAAACAUUCUACGUUCUUCCUAUCCUUGAAAAAGAAUAAAGAAGGUACGUAGUAGCUAAGCAGUUCUUUGAAGAGGGUUUUACUUAUAUAUCUUGAUUUAAGAAAAAAAAAACAAGAAACAAAAAAAUGAUAGGGUGGGAAGAUGUUUACAAGGUCAUAGUGGCCAUGGUACCACUGUAUGUUGCCCUACUUUUAGGAUAUGGGUCUAUAAGAUGGUGGAAGAUAUUUACACCCGAACAAGGUGGGGCUGUAAACAGGCUUGUUUGCUACUUCACUCUCCCCCUCUUCACCUUUGAGUUCACUGCCCAUGUCGAUCCAUUCAAGAUGAAUUAUCUAUUCAUUGGCGCUGAUGCUAUAUCCAAGUUCAUUAUAGUGGUGGUUCUUGCAUGUUGGGCGAAGUUCAGUAGCAAAGGAAGCUACACAUGGUCCAUUACAAGUUUCUCUUUAUCUACCUUGACUAAUUCACUAGUCGUGGGUGUUCCUUUAAUGAAAGCCAUGUAUGGUCCAAUGGCAGUUGAUCUUGUUGUUCAAUCAUCUGUCGUUCAGGCUAUCAUAUGGCUUACAAUUUUAUUGUUUGUGUUAGAAUUUAGAAGAACCAGACUUGAUAUCUCUUCUUCUAAUUAUAAUAAAAAUAGUGAUAAUUUAGAGAAAGAUUUGGAGGGAAGUGGUAGUGCAGGUAACAUGGCAAUAAGCAGUAGUGGACCUUCUUUUUGGGUUUUGAUGAAGGUGGUGGGGGUGAAACUUGCUAUGAAUCCUAAUUCAUAUGCAUGCAUUCUAGGCCUUGUUUGGGCUUUUAUAGCAAAUAGGUGGCAUUUUGAGAUGCCAAGCAUCAUGGAGGGAUCUAUUCUGAUUAUGUCAAAGGCAGGAACAGGCACUGCCAUGUUUAGCAUGGGGAUCUUCAUGGCUGUACAAGAAAAGGUGAUAGCCUGUGGUGCAGGACUAACUGUGGUAGGGAUGAUCCUAAGGUUCAUUGCUGGACCCGCAGCAAUGGCUAUCGGCUCUAUUGCUGUGGGUUUGCAUGGUGACGUUUUACGUGUUGCUAUCAUUCAGGCAGCAUUACCACAAUCCAUUACCUCAUUCAUCUUCGCUAAGGAAUAUGGUUUGCAUGCUGAGGUGCUUAGCACAGCUGUGAUCUUCGGAAUGAUUGUGUCGCUUCCGGUGUUAAUCGCUUACUAUGCGAUCUUAGAGUUUGCUCAUUAGCCAUCUCAAGAUUAUUAUUUUUUUUCUUUUUUUUUUUGAAUAACAGAGGGAGAGAAAGGAAAAAAGAAAUUAAUUGUCAAAUUAUUACUUGUCAUGUGCUACAUUUAGUGGAAAAUCAAUUACUUUAGUACGUCUGAUUUCUAA